AUGGAAGUCGUGAGAAACGCUGAUUCCAGUCAACCCACCAGUUCCACCACAGGAAUCAGCAAAACUCUGAAAAUGAGUUAUCCGGAAGUUCUUAUGUUUUACGUAGGUCAAACAAAACGAGCUAUGGAUAGAAGACUGCAAGGCUCAUCGAGUACAUCGCCACAGGACGCCCUCGAGCAAUUCCUCCUAACCAAGAAACUGACCGACCAAAUCGCUAUGGAGUUAUGUUUGGUUUGUCCUGGAACUGAUUUAUUGGAGAGAAGUGACUUGGACUUGAUGUUCCAACAUUGCUCCUUUGUUAGUAUUUGGUUAGAUUCUGCAUUAAUGUCAGUCAGUAAUUAUGAAGCUGAGGAGAAAAAGAGUGGGAGAGAAAAAACCAAGGAUGAAUUCUUGCGCUUUAACCGCCAUUUUCAAUCAACUGUCACUUCUGGACUGGCUCGUCUGAAACCUGACCUUUAUGAAUAUUCAGCUCUCAAAGCAUUCUGCAUCUGGAAACUUGGACUACUUGAUUCUUCUCCAGCUAUGAAGGCAGUGGCAAAUGAGCAUUAUUUGGCAGUGACCAGUGCGUUGGCACAUUAUUAUCAGUCUACUAAAAAUCUGGAACAAUUUGAAAUAGCAUCAAGAAUCGCGGACAUAACAUUAUUACUUGGUCCGAUGUUUAGUGUCUACCAAGACGUUUCGCAACUAUACAGUAAUCUCAAUAUCAAAGACUGCAUAGAAUGA